GGCUGUGCCGGCCCCGAGACCCCCCUGGGGAGCCCCGGCCCAAGGAGAGGCCUGUAGGCAGAGCCUUUGCCAUGGUGGCCAAAAGAUCCGAUGGGAAUUCCCUGACCUCAGAAUGUGUCAAAUCCAAGGAUGGGGACGAGGAGAUCAUCAAGGUUUAUCUCAAGGCUCGCGCCGAGCACGAGGAGCCGGUGACGCAGCUCAAGAGCGAAGUGCGGCACAUCCAGGAGGCUGGGAGCGCCCUCAAAAAACUCCGGGAAGAUUUGAGCACCAAACUCCAGACUCAGCCAGAAUUCCAGGAAUUCCAAGAAUUCCAGGAAUUUCAGGAAUUUCGGGAAUUUCAGGAGCGCUCGGAGGAGGAGGCCCCGUGGCUCCUGCGGAGGCUCCAGGAGGCCGAGAAGCGGCACCAGCAGGAGCGGGAGAGCCUUGAGCGGGCGCUGGCGCGGUGCCGGGACGAGGCCGGGCGCUCGGAGCGCGGGCGGCGCCGGGCGGAGCAGGAGAAGGAGCAGCUGCAGAGGAGCCUGGACGGGACCCAGAGGGUCCGGGAGGAGAUGGGGGAGCUGCGGGAGCUGCAGGCCCGGCUGGAGUCGGGGCAGGCGGAGCUCGAGCGGCUCCGGGCGGCCGAGGGGGAGAGAGCGGCACAGCGGGAACGCUCAUCCCAGCUGGAGAAGGAGGUGGCAACGCUGAGGGAGAAAAUUCAUCACCUGGACGACAUGCUGAAGAGCCAGCAGAGGAAAGUGCGGCACAUGAUCGAGCAGCUGCAGAAUUCCAAGAGCGUGAUCCAGAAAAAGGAGGCGGCGCUGCAGGAGCUGCAGGAGCGCGUCUCCUACCUGGAGGCCGAGAACCUGGAGAUGCACGAUCGCAUCGAGCACUUGAUCGAGGCCCAGGUGAGCCCCGGGGGCGGGGCCAGGGCCCGGUCCAAAUCCGACACCGGGGCCAGCAAACGCCUCCAGGGCCCAAAGCCACUGCCUCUGAUCCGAGUGGUGGAAACCUGAAUUUUGGGAAUUCUCUGGAAGUUUGGGAAUUCUCUGGAAUUUUGGGGAUUCUCUGGAAU